UUUCAGGAUGCAAUAAUAGAGGAGUUGAGCUCUCCAUCAUUUUUUCUAGCAAGUAUUCCAACGCAGGAAAGAUGACCAGGCUAGUUUUCUUUCUAGUGGCUCUCUGUGCCUUGAUGCACUAUAAAGUGGAUGCAAAUGAAAAUUGCAAAGAAGAUUUUAUGAAAAUGAAAAAGGCGAUGAACAAAAUGAUGGACGAUGGAUCUGCGCCAUCAUGCGUGGAUGAUUAUAAUCUGAGAGAGUUCGAAUGCACUGGCGGCGAAGAUGAAGAAAAAGACAAAGAGAUGCAUGAAAAGUUCGUAGAACAUUAUAAAAGUUUGUCUGAGGAGGAACAGAAUGGAGUGAAGGACUGCAUAAAAGAAGUCGCAGAGGCAGUAAUGCAGGAAGUGGAAAUAACUGACGAAUGCCGAGAAGAAGCAAGGAAAAUCGAUAGAAAAAUGACCGGAGAAUAAUUCUUCAUUAUAUAAUCCAAUGAACAAGAUUGCUGAGAAACAUAUGUUUACUUUUUUUUGUAAAGAAUCCCCAAUUAUAGUAAUGUCUAUUAAGUUUUCUACUUUAAAUAAAUAUUGAUCUGUUGCAAA